AGGGCUUGUAUUGUGUUCUAAAAAUGAAAAACUUCAUUUAGAUUUGCCUAUACUAUAUAGUAAACAUUCUAAUGAUUAUCUUAUUUGUAAAAUAAAUGUUAAAAAAAUAUUAUCUAAAGAUUGCUUUAUAAAAUGUAUAUAUAAUAAUAAUAAAUAUAAUCAAAGUGAGCAUAUAUUAAAACAUGAAGAUGUGUCAACACUUGAGGGAUUAGGUUGGAUAGAAUAUCUGGAUUUUAGAUGUAACUCAUUUAAAUCUCAAAUUUCAAUUGAAAUAAAUUCUAUUGAAAUGCAAAUAGAUUAUGUUCGAUAUACUAGAAAAAUAACUCCCAUUCCUAACAUGAGUUUGAUGGGUUAUUUGUUACCAGAUUAUCACCAAUUUUUCUCAAAUGUUCCGGAAACUUUCAAAGACAAGUAUUUUUCAAGAAAAGAAAUGGAAAAUUUACUUGAUUUAAAUGAUAUUCUUAGUAACUUAUAAUUA